CUUGUUCAUGAGUGGGGUUCCUAGUAGUGCCGGGAAUGUUUUUGCUGGACUAAACAACCUGAUAUACGAGGUUGGUUUGGACCAGCCUGGCACUUUGUUGGAGGAAAUGAUAGCUCAAGCUUGCGACCCUUCUUUUGGCCAGCCAAACCUUUCUUUGAACUUGGAGAUAUGCGAUAUGGUAAACAAGACUCAAAAGACUUAUCCUCGCGACUGUGCGUUUGCGAUCCUAAAGCAUGUCAAUCGCGGUAAUAACACGGCUGCAUAUCUUUCCCUUAUGCUUUUGGACAGCUGUGUUAAAAAUUGCGGCUAUCCUUUUCAUCUUGUCAUUGGAUCCAAGGAGUUUCUCAAUGAACUUGUUCGACGGUUUCCAGAAAAACCUACAAAUAUCACAGCUACUCAGCAUCGAAUCUUGGAGCUUAUGCAGUUGUGGAACGCUACAUUGUGUGUAAACUCACGCUAUAAAGAAGACUUUAAGCAUAUUAAUGACAUGUAUCGUCUUCUUAUGUACAAAGGCUACCGAUUUCCUGAACUCCGUGAGGAUGCCGUCAAGUCAUUUAAUGGUAACAAUAAUCUCAAAACUGAGGAUGAGCUUGAAGAGGAGGACCGCAAAGCACAUGGCGUGAAACUGGAGGAAUUGAUUAGAAAGGGAACUCCUGCAGCACUAGCUCAGGCAAAUGAAUUGAUGAAAGUCAUGACAGGAUAUGAUGUCAGUAAAAAGCCAGACUAUAAAAAGGAAGUGAAUCAGGAAAUUGAGCGCAUUGAGUCUAGAAUCAUUCUUUUGAAUGACAUGCUAAAUCAGCGUCGUCCUGGAGAAUCGUUAGCUGCUGACUCGACCAUUGAGGAGCUUUACGGAACAGCCAAAUCUGCUCAAACCAAGCUACAAUCUUUUAUUGAAUUAAACGACGACGAAGAUCGACUUGCUAGACUGUUGGAGCUAAACGAUCUGAUCAAUAUUGUUCUUCAAAAAUAUUCUGAUGUCAAAAGUGGAAAGGCGAUUCGGCAUAAUGAUUUUGAUCGAAAGCAAGCGGCAUCUGAAAAAUCAAGCAACGCACCUGAUUCUGUCGGUCCUAUUAAUCUGAUUGACUUUGAUGAUCUCAGUUUCCCUGCAGCACCAGCUUCCAAUUUUAUGGCAGUACCUCAAACAAUGAGCAACCUCACUAAUUCAAAGCAAUCGUCUAUUAGUCCUGGAAUCAUGGAUGGUAUUUCUGAUCUUCAAAUAGGAGCGCUCCCAACUUUUGCUUCAAUGUCAGCCGAAGUUCCAUUUCAACAAUCCCGAUCGCUUGGAAAUCCGCCAUUUUUUCCUCCCUCAAAGUAUGAUGGUGGAGCUACUUUAUUGCAGAUACAACAGGGAGGGGCUGCUGCUUCUAAAUCCCUCCAAGACACGACAAACAGUCUGGAUCCUUUUUCGAUAUUUGGCAAUACAGAUGCCAUGAAUAAACCGCUUUUAGGAGCACCCAUGUCUGCAGGUGGCAUCUCUACUACGCAGCCUGCACAACUUGGAUAUCAGGGCACUUUCUCUAGUUUUCAGUCAAAAAAUACAGAUCUUCUUUCCAUGCCUACAGAUUUUUCAAUGGGCCUUGGAUCUCAGAUGGGACAGAGGUCUAAUACGACAUCAACUCAAAAUGCGACUUUUGCCAGUCCUACAAAAGAAGUGAUGAUGUAUGAUAAAAAUGGAUUGCAAAUCAAACUGCUUAUUUGCUCAUCACAUGGACCACGCACUGUGGAUGCCAAAGCUGUAUUUAUCAAUGUCACUCCCGUUUUGUUUACUGGUCUUAGUCUUCAAAUUGCAGUUCCAAAGUCCAUGACAUUGACUAUGGAUAAACCGACUGGGACAACAUUGGCUCCACUCAAUCAAGCUCAAAUUACCCAACCCUUUUCUAUAUCAAAUCCAACAAUGGAAUCGGUUCGCCUGAGAUUCAAGAUACAAUACUCUAUCAACGGUGCUACCGUUAAUGAAAUGGGCGAGUAUGCUCUUCAAUGAGUGCAAAUUCAAAUAACAAUAAUAAGCGAUGUGGAGUUUUCCUCAUUUAUCCUAUCAACAUUAGCUUGAGUUUUACUAGAGAUACGUAUGUUCUGGUAUGGAAGUGAGAUUAGGUUAAUAUCGCAGCAACGCAACAGCGUCAAUACAUGCUAUUC